AUGUCAAGAGUAGCUAGAGCACAGUGCGCGAACUGUACCUGUUCACCAGGUUUGUUAUCAAGGACUAAUAAAAAGUCUGUGUCAUUUGCUAAAAGAAUUAAUCUCAAUAGACUCAACAGCAGUGGCAGUAUCAAAGAUGGACAACAAUCGAGAAAGGGUUCUGUCUUUACUUUAGAUCCAUCUUUGUGCUUGCCUGAAACUAAAGAGGUCAACACUACUCAAAGAUUGGAAAGAUUGAGACAAGAAAUGAAGAAACAAGAUUUAGGUAUCUAUAUUGUCCCCAGUGAAGAUCAACAUCAAUCCGAAUACACUUCUGCUUAUGACCAAAAAAGAAGCUUUAUUAGUGGUUUCAGUGGUAGUGCAGGUAUUGCCACUAUCACUAGAGAUUUGAAUAGUGUUGGGGGCGAUGACUUUACUCAAGGUAGUGCAGCAUUAUCAACUGAUGGUCGUUAUUUCACUCAAGCACUUGAUGAGUUGGACUUUAAUUGGAUCUUGUUGAAACAAGGAGCCAAAGGUGAACCUACUUGGGAGGAAUGGACGGCACAACAAGCAUCUCAGUUGAGCUUGGAUAGUGGGUCUAAAGUGAAAAUCGGUAUUGAUCCUAAAUUGUGGAGUUACAAACAGUAUCAAAAGUUCAAAGGCAUUGUUGAUAAGCAGUUGGAAAAGACACCAAAGGCCCAGAUUGAAAUUACACCAGUGACCGAUAACUUAGUAAACAAGAUUUGGGAGGAAUUUGAGACUUUGCCUCCAUCAACGCUUGGGGAAAUAAAACAUUUGGAUCUGACUUUUACCGGUAAAGAGGCAAGUGAUAAGAUAAAGGAGAUAAGAGACCAGGUAAUUAAAGAUGACGUUGAUGGUUUGGUAGUUACCGGAUUGGAUGAAAUUGCUUGGUUGUUGAAUUUGCGUGGACUGGAUAUUCCAUAUAACCCAGUAUUUUACGGUUUUGCCAUACUCACAAAGACUCAAUUAAAGCUAUUCGUAGGGGAGAAUAGGCUAUCUUCAAACAUCAUCGAAAAUUUGGGAAAGGUUGGCGUUACAGUUGAACCUUAUGAACAGUUUUACACAUCGCUAAGCUCACUUUCAAAGGAGUUUGCAGUUGACAACAAGAAACUAUUUGUACCAAAUAAUGCAAAUUGGGAGGUUGUACGAAGCUUGCAGUGUUCAUUCACUGAAGGAUUAUCACCAGUUGAAUUACAAAAGUCAAUCAAGAAUGAAACUGAAUUGAAAGGAGCACAAAUUGCCCAUUUGAAAGAUGGUAGAGCAUUGAUUAAAUUUCUUGCUUGGUUAGAACAUGAAGUCGUAGAAAAGGGAGAAUUAAUUGAUGAAAUUACUGCUGAUGAAAAAUUGACUGAAUUUAGACAAAAGGAGGAUAACUUUGUUGGAUUGUCUUUUGAAACUAUUAGUGCUACUGGAGCCAAUGGUGCAGUAAUACAUUAUGCACCUGUGAAAGGAGGAUGCUCUGUGAUUAACCCAGACAAGAUAUAUCUCAAUGAUUCAGGUUCGCAGUUUUUGGAAGGUACAACCGACACCACCAGAACUGUUCACUUCACCACCCCAUCUAGAGAGGAAAUAAGAAACUAUACCUUGGUGUUGAAGGGAAACAUUGCUUUAUCAACGUUGAAAUUCCCUGAAGGAACAACUGGAAAUCUAAUUGACUCAGUAGCAAGGCAGUUUCUUUGGGAUUAUGGGUUAGACUACGGUCAUGGAACAUCUCAUGGCAUUGGUGCAUAUCUCAAUGUUCAUGAGGGUCCAAUAGGUAUUGGUCCAAGACCAAACGCCGCUGCAAACCAAUUGCAACUGGGCAAUUUGAUUUCAAAUGAACCUGGUUUUUAUAAAGAAGGCGAGUAUGGAAUUCGUAUCGAAAAUGUCAUGUACAUCAGGCCAAGCAAGUAUACGUUUGCCGGAAAAAAGUUUUUGGAAUUUGAGACUGUAACUAGAGUUCCAUUUUGCAAAAAAUUGAUUGAUCCUUGCAUGUUGACUGAAAAGGAAAUUAGAUGGAUUAACAAGUAUCAUUCUACAAUUUGGAGGGAAUUGAGUGAUAGCUUGGACAAGAAUAGUAUCACUUACAAGUGGUUAAAGAGAGAAACUGAGCCUAUCGCUCCAUGA